AUAAUAUAUGUAUAAAAAUAUUUACAUAUUGUGUAAAAAAAUUUUUUGAAGAACUUGCAAAUGUCUUUUUUUGUCAGAGUUUAAUAAUCACAUAUUGAAUCUACCAUCUUUUGUAAAUAAUACAUUAUAAUAGUCUUAUAAUUUAUUUCUAUUAAUUUAUCUGAUUGAAAAGAAUAUUAAAGUAGUAAUAUUCGUUACAAUUGUUACAUAUAAAUAAUGAAUGUUAACAAAUGUUUGUUCAGCAUUUAUGUAAAACUUUAUAAAUGUUAAUAUCGCGCAUCUGCUUGAACUUAUCUAAAUGCUGAAGCAGGAUGCUUUUAUGGAAAGUUAUGCAAGCGAUGCUUGCAUGUUUAAAAUGGACACUUAAAGACGAAGAUAAUAAAGCGGACAAAUUCCUGCAGUAUUGAAGUAAUCGCGAAUUUUUUCUUGCAAAAAUAUAAUCCCUUUAUACAUACUGCCUUAUAUUCUGAUAUAAAUUUGCAAUGAGAUGGCGCACACGGAAUGCAAGAGAUUUAUUACAUGUCCUAUGUGUAAAGGUGCAGGUAAGUCGACAACAAUGGAAACGGCUUCUGUAUCUAUUCAACGUGAGAAUACAAAUUCAACGCAAGUUAUGAGAACUCGAUUUGUCGAAACAGCGUAUUCGGGGGCCUCGGGAGAUCCACGAUUAAUCGAUAGCAAACAUACAAAGGAUCCUAAUUCUAUCACCAAUUAUGGAGAUUACACAACUCUACUGGAGAAUGAUUGUACAGGAAUAUCAGAGGAAUUUACGAAUCUACAAGAAACUCUAAAACAUGCGCUGCAAAGCUUAAAACAGGGUCAAUGGCAAAGCACCAUACCGGCUUUAAUAAAGCUCGUGCAUAUUUCAAGGAUUCAACCAGAAUUGCUGGACUCUAAUAUGCCUCGCAUAUAUCGAAGUUUGUGCAGUUUACUGAAAAAUACAAGACCUCAUGUCGUUAGGUCUGUCUGUCAGGUGACGAUGGAGUUAUAUAAGACAGUCCAGUGUACACAAAGACCUGAAUUUGAUGAACUUGUAUCUAUGUUGCUUUUAAAAAGUACACACACGAACAAAGGAAUUCGAAAUGAUGCUCAACGUGCCUUGGAUUCUAUGGUGACACAUUUGCCUCCUGCAAUUUCUAUCCGGAUAUUAACCAGCGAACAUGGUGCCAGCCACAAGAAUCCAUUAAUAAGAGCGACUGUAAGUCGACUGCUUUAUAAUAUUAUUAAUAUUAUUGGAGUGGAAUGUUUACUAUCAAACCCAAAUCUUAAGGAUUGCCGCCGAAAAAUAUUUACAAUGUGUGCCAAAUUUCUUCUUGAUGGUAAUAAUGAAACAAGGAACGAUGCAAAAAAAACACUGAAAGCAAUGAUGAGCCAUCAAGAUUUUGAUACUCUCUUCUAUCAAGAUGUAGAUUGGAAGAUAAUUAGCAGCAUAGAGAAGCAAUUACUAUCUUUAAAGUACAAUCAGAUUCAUAGCGUGUAACAUUAUUCAUUAUCAUGUCCGAAUAUAAUGAUGAUCUCUAUUAGUGUGCAUAUCUUUUGUAAUAACAUAUAUCAAUAAUAAAUCGUGUUGUAAUUAUAUAUAAUA